AUGCUUCUCUGUGGAAUCAUCGAUAAGCUACAGCAGGAAUCCGAGAAUGGAAUGAGUCAUGGUUGGAAACCGAUCUAUUUCUUCUGCCAAGCGACCGACAACCAAUUCAACGAUGCCACAUCUGUGGUACGCGGCCUUCUUGAGUCUCUCUUUGCUGAACACAAGAGACUACGCGAUAAGAUGAACCGUACGGACAUCCCUUACUAUCUCGACAUUAAUAGAUUGGUUAUGUUACGUAAGACACUUAUGGAAGCGUUGCAGGACCCAGAUCUUCCGGGUUUAUACCUGAUUGUGGACGCUCUUGACGAGUGUCGGCAUGGCCUUCAAGACCUUCUUCGAUUGAUUGCGGAUGCCUCUAAUUUAUCGUCUGUCAGGAUCAAAGUAUUGGUCUCGAGUCGGCCCUCGGAGACCAUCGAGAACGAGUUCAAUAAUUUGCAGCAAAAAAUUGUGUUAUCGCUCGAAUCAGAUCAACCCUUGAUUUCUGAAUCUGUGCAACUCUAUAUAUUGCACAAGGUGAAGGAACUGGCAGAUAAGAAACGGUAUGACAAAGCUCUGCGGCACGUCGUUCAGCAGCACCUGGAGUCAAACGCGCAUGGCACCUUUCUCUGGGUAGCAUUAGUAUGUAAAGCGCUCCAGGGCAUGGACGUCCUCGCCCGCCAUACGCUCCAAAUUCUAGAAGCCAAGUUUCCUGCAGGCCUUGAGAAUUUCUAUACAAAAAUGAUCGAAGACCUCAACAAGUCAUGGAAGGACGCGGACGUUUGCAAGCAGAUCCUUUCAAUUGCCUGUGUUGUCUACCGCCCCAUCAAUUGGGACGAAAUGGUAUCGCUGCUAGGACAGCCUGACCUUCAGGGCGCUAAAUCGAUCAUUACAUCCUGUGGCUCGUUUUUGACUAUACAAGAGGACGCAGAAGUGAUAUCCUUCGUUCAUCAAUCUGCGAAGGAUUUCUUGCUUGAGAAUGCAAAUGCAAGAAGACAAAUCUUACCUUUCGAAGUGGAUCAUCAGCACUAUCGUAUCUUUUCAAUCUCGCUUCAGGAUCUCUCAAGAACAUUAGAACGAGAUAUGUACAAAUUGAAAGACCCUGGGUUUCACAGAAGUCUAGUGUCACCGCCAGAGCCUGAUCCGCUCGCUGCAGUCCGGUAUUCCUGCGUCUACUGGGCUGACCAUCUUCUCGAACUGGUACCACCCGGUUCCCAGAACCUAUCAGCGCCGGAAGGCAAGGUGGAGAUAAAACCUUUGACUGAUAUAUAUGCACAAAGCCCCCGUUGGUACAUCGACCUCAUUCAACUCAUAUUCAAGUCACUCCUUACUUUAGCAUUUCUCCUAUAUAAUCCGGUUUUACUGAGCCUCCGAGCCAGAGAGUUUCACGAAAGCAUGAAGAAUGGAGGUUUAGUUCAUGAGUUCUUACAAGACAAGUACCUCUACUGGCUGGAAGCUCUCAGCUUGCUAUCUAGUAUCCCUAAGGGGGUCAGAGCGAUGGAAAGACUUGAGGCUUGCUCAAGGAAUGUGAAAUCUCGAGAGCUAUAUAGCCUUAUCAACGAUGCUCGCCGGUUCAUUCUGUCACAGAAGGGGGCUAUCGAGAUCGCUCCAUUACAGGUGUAUGUCUCUGCUCUCGUGUUCAGUCCGUCUGGCAGCCUGAUCAAACAGCUUUUCAAUCGAGAAGAACCAAAAUGGAUAUGUGGCAAGCCAAAAGUCGGAACGGUUUGGGAUCACUGUCUGCAGACUCUUGAGGGCCAUGAUGGUUCGGUGAGGGCAGUGGUCUUCUCGAAUGACGGCCAGCGACUCGCAUCAGGCUCCUACGAUACGAUAGUCAAGAUCUGGGAUGCCACUUCGGGUGAUUGCCUCCAGACUCUCGAGGGCCAUAAUAACAGGGUGACCUCAGUGGUCUUCUCGAAUGACGGCCGGCGACUCGCAUCAGGCUCCUACGAUACGACAGUCAAGAUCUGGGAUGCCACUUCGGGUGAUUGCCUCCAGACUCUCGAGGGCCAUAAUAGCAGGGUGACCUCAGUGGUCUUCUCGAAUGACGGCCGGCGACUCGCAUCAGGCUCCGACGAUAAGACAGUCAAGAUCUGGGAUGCCACUUCGGGUAAUUGCCUCCACACUUUGUUUGUUGGCAGGCCUGUAUAUCAACUUUCAUUCGACCCAAAAACAAAAUUCCGGAUGUCUACAGAGUUUGGAGCUUUUAAUCUGCCCUCUUCUUCUGGCACGGCUAUAUCCGAUAGCGAGAGGGCUGCGCCCCGCGAUCGUAGCCACUCUGGUUAUGGCAUAAGUGCUGAUGGCAUAUGGAUUGUGAAUGAAGGACAGAAUGUGCUUUGGAUACCUCCGAAGUAUCGUCCGAUGGUGUCCGCAGUAGCAGAUUCAGCAGUGGCCUUAGCCUCUCAAUCAGGUUGUAUGUGUAUAAUGCGUUUUUCACCGGAUAUUAAGGACCCUGAGAAGGCAUAA